AGCGGCUCGCAGCGUAUACGCAGCUCACUAGAGUCCAGCGUGCACGACGGGCAGCUCAGUCUCGUACGUGUGUCGGUGUCUCGCAUUCUCGUCUUGGAACGGGUGCGCACGGUGUGUGUUUGUCGGUACAAAAACAGCCCAUAAUAACAACAACAACAAAAAACGUCCCUAGAGUAAAUCUAAACCAAGAAGCCACCAUCCACCCCCUCACAUACAUCCUUCCGAAUCCGGUACAAACGUUUGUGCAAAGGUGCAAUAGUGCAACCAGAUUGUGAAUUGUGUGCCGUUUUCAGUGACGAGAACGUGACAAUACUACCGAAAGCUUUCUGACAGCAGCAGCACGACGAUGCAGGAGCAACGAUUGUCGUCAUCGCAGUAACACAGCAGCAAUCGUUGUGGAGUUUGGUUUUGCCAUGAAAAGUUGAUCGAUUCGCGUUGACGAUGCCGGUAAAAAGGACGGAAGCACCGUGCAGUGAUGAAGGACAACGUGAAACGAACCACAAGUGCAGUGUAGCGUAGUGGUGUAUUGCGAAUAGUAUAUAGUAAAGUGUGUCAUAUCAUUUCCAUUCUUAUUCUGCGCAUUCUUACGUGUAGAGGUUGUGUGUGUGCGUGCGUGUCUGUGUGUAUGUGCGCGUUUGUAUGUUUAGCAAAUCGCUGGAGCAAAGGCUCGUGUGUCUAUGACGGUUUUGCUUGCCCGAAGACACACAUGAACACAUACGCGCAAAAGCAUCCUUUUCCAUAAAUCAGCACAAACAAGCAAUCCAGAGCCAGCACCCUAAAAAUAGGUGAAAAAGUGCUUAAUAAAAACACCCAUCGUCGUCGUCCACCCGUCCCCCCUUUUUUCCGGGGUGCAUCAGUGUGCGAGUGUCCUUUUUCCCUUCCCGACGAGUGUGUACGAGCGAACGCGCGCCCGCGUGUGUGUGUGUGUGUGUGUGUAGUGUUGUGCGUGUGUUUUCAGUUAGUGACCCGGUACAAGCAGAUAUCCGCCCACUCAGCGGAAAAACGACAACAACAACAACAACAAACAGCGAAGGAAAACCCCACAACAGCCACAGAUUUAUUAUUCAACAGUAUUAGUUAGCCAUCCGGAGCGCGUAGGCGAGUUACACCGGUAUAGGGCACAGAGUGUAGAGAAAGAUAUAAACCACAAAACACGCGUGGGAAAGCGCUUUUCUCGCCACCACCAUCAUUCGGCCAGGAUUCAGUGACGGUAGAAAAAGGAUUGUGUGAGUGUGCGCGCGUGUGCGUGUGAUUUCGAAACGCGAAGAAAACGACACACGUGUGAAAGGCGAGCGAACCGUUUCCUGUUCUUCGGCAACUCCAUUCCAGAAAUAAAGCUCCUCUAAAGCAUCCUGGAAGGAUUGUAUCGCAGGCGAUGGAUCCAGGAAUGAUGGCGGGAAAGACAACCAGUGAAAGUGCUAUGCUUGGGAGUAUAGGUCAUACCCACGGACACCCACACAAUCCACUGCGCCCGCAUCCACAUCCAUCUCCGUCGCCUGCCACGUUACAGCAGCAAUCCAAUUCACACCAACAUCUGCACCACCAUCAUCACCAUCAUCAUCCGCAGCAUCAGCAGCAGCACCAUCCACAUCACCCGACGGAUACGCUGACGGAGGUUUCGGUCGUCGAUAUAAACGCAUCGUUGGCCGCAUCGGCACCUCUCAUAUCACCACACGUGGCAUCGGUACACCCGGUCGGUCCCGGGACUGGUACAGCCGGGCAUGUGCCUGGUUUCUGCAACAUUCUGAACGCAUCCAAUAGCAGUGAUCUGCAGGCAGUCGCCUACAAUUCGCUCACACAAAACGUGCGCUGCAAAUCCCCACCGACAUUGGUUGAUAAUCUAAAGAACGGGACAAUCGGGAAUUCUCAAAGUGCUCUCUGCAACGGAGCCAUCAUGACAAACGGACAGACGAAAGACUCUAAUCUAGCGCACGGUUUGGUGCGAAAGGUUCUUAACAAUAGCGAUGGAAAUGGGCAAAAAAAGCCAAUGGUAUCACUCACGCAUCUACCAAAGAGACCUCCGAUCGACAUCCAGUUCAUGGACAUGUCGUACUCGGUGUCCGAAGGUCACAAACGAGGGUACAAGACCAUACUCAAAGGUAUAAACGGUAAGUUCCGAUCCGGGGAGCUGACCGCCAUCAUGGGACCGUCCGGUGCUGGCAAAAGCACGCUCAUGAAUAUUCUCGCCGGUUACAAAACAUCACACCUCAGCGGUUCGGUGCUAAUCAAUGGGAAGGAUCGUAAUCUGCGCAAGUUUCGCAAGCUGUCCUGCUACAUCAUGCAAGAUGACCGGCUGCUACCCUACCUGACUGUGCGCGAAGCAAUGAUGGUAUCGGCCAACCUGAAGCUCGGCAAAGACAUCUCCGUGUCGGCGAAACGGGCCGUCGUGGAGGAAAUUAUCGAAACGCUCGGUCUGCUGGACGCUGCCACUACGCUCACGCUCAAUCUCUCCGGUGGCCAGCGGAAGCGGCUAUCGAUUGCACUCGAGCUGGUUAACAACCCACCGGUAAUGUUCUUCGACGAACCGACGAGCGGUCUGGAUAGCUCAACCUGUUCACAGCUGAUAGCGCUACUGAAGUCGCUAGCACGCGGUGGCCGUACGAUCGUCUGUACCAUCCAUCAACCGUCGGCGAGAAUUUUCGAGCUGUUCGACAAUCUAUACGUACUGGCCGAGGGACAGUGUAUCUAUCAAGGGCGGGUAAACGGUCUGGUACCGUUUCUUGCCUCGCUCGGACUCGAAUGUCCAAGCUAUCACAAUCCGGCGAAUUAUGUGAUGGAAGUGGCUUGCGGAGAGCAUGGUGAUUGGAACAGUAAGCUGGUAACUGCGGUUAAUAAUGGUAAAUGUAACAACUAUAAUCAACCGCUUUCGCAAAGUAAAAGCUCCUCCAACAAGAAUGUAUCGCUCGACGGUACGGCAACUGGUACAGCUGAUCAUGAGGAUGAUCUUGCGCUCCUAAAAACGGUAGUUACUACCGGCGAGUACACAGCGAUUAGUAUGCCGGCAAACCCAACACCAGAGUCGCAGUUAAAUAAUGAAAGCAAACAACUCCCCGGGAGUGUUGCUGCCGCUGAACGCAAGACAACACUCGGGAAUGGUGCGGAAUCGGUUGCAGUCUGCACGACCCCCACUACUACCACUACGAUGACGACGGUAGCAACAACCAACACCGGUGCCUCGGUUAUUCCGUCGUCCGACGCUACCGGACCAUUGUUAGCCACUGUUGUUCCGGUAGCUGGAUCCACCCAAACCCAGACCGGUUGCAAAGCAACCUGCACCACUUCGUUACUCGAUUCGACAGAAAGUGUUAGCAUAUCGGUGCCGAAGAAACAGGCCGGGUUUCCCACAUCCGGCUGGAUGCAGUUUUGGAUACUGCUCAAACGCACCAUGAUCACGAUCAUGCGCGAUCAAACACUUACGCAGAUGCGGCUACUGUCGCAUGUGAUAGUCGGUGCGAUCAUUGGUAUGAUCUACUACGACAUCGGUAAUGAUGCGUCGAAGAUCAUGAGCAAUGCUGGAUGUAUCUUCUUCACCACGAUGUUCACGAUGUUCACCGCCAUGAUGCCGACGAUACUCACUUUUCCCACGGAAAUGGCCGUGUUUGUGCGGGAACAUCUCAACUACUGGUAUUCGCUCAAGUCGUUCUACUUCGCCAAAACGAUCGCAGAUCUUCCAUUUCAAGUACUCUUCACGAGCGUGUACGUGAUCGUAGUGUACUAUCUCACAUCCCAGCCGAUGGAUCCGAAGCGGGUGGGAAUGUUUGUACUGAUCUGCAUUCUCACAUCACUCGUAGCACAGAGCCUAGGUUUGCUAAUCGGGGCCGGCAUGAGCGUAGAAACGGGCGUAUUUCUCGGCCCGGUCUCCACCAUUCCCAUCAUCCUGUUUUCGGGUUUCUUCGUCAACUUUGACGUUAUCCCGAGCUAUCUACAAUGGGUGACGUACGUCAGCUACGUACGGUACGGGUUCGAGGGCGCAAUGGUAUCCGUGUAUGGCAUGGAUCGGGAGAAGCUUGCCUGUACCGAGAUCUACUGCCACUUCCGUAGCCCGAAAAAGUUCCUCGAAGAGAUGUCGAUGGAUAAUGCCGAGUACUGGAUCGAUGCGACCGCCCUGUUUGGUUUCUUCAUCGCGCUACGCGUAAUUGCGUACUUUGUGCUGCGCUGGAAACUGCAUUCCAUCCGUUAAAAUGCUUCAACAACACGAAAACUCCCACGAUACCAAAGCCCCAAAUUAGAGCACACGUUGUGUCCGCAUAUACCUUGCAAUCGACAAAGAUCCGUGUGCCCACUUUGUUCGCUAGCUCGCUCGCUCGCUAGAUCACAUGUUGCUUGCCCAUUUUGCUAUCUUUGCCCCGCCGAUCUAAUACAACCGAAGUAGCCAAAACCUAAGCGACACCACCAGAGGAAAGAAAAAAACACACGAACGACAAACACACACCCAAACACACAGCCUUUCGUGAAGGAUAAACAAAUCUGAUCACACGUUUUUGUACUUGUAUUUUGUGGCAAGCUGUACACGUUCGGCACUGCUGCGCUUGACGUGCGACUCUCGUCUGUUAGUGCCCUGAGCUAAUGGAGAAGACUUUUCUUUUCUCAAUUACACAGUCCACUCUAACAAAGCAUACUGUUUUCCUACUCUAGAUGUGUAUUUUAACAACAGAAACAAAGCUACGCAAUGUAACGUAAAUAGUCGACCCAACCCGACAAUACCCGUACCAACAAACGAACGAUAGAAAGGCCACAUAGGAGCAUUUUCAGCAGAACAUACCAAAAGACCAGUCACGCAAACACACACAUAUACACAUUCUUUCUCUUUCAAACUGAGAAAGCAACAUUUACGUACGUCGCAAUCACAUUUAUCGAUGUCCUUUAAAAAGUAUUACAGUAGUAUUUAUACCGGCUCUAGUGUGCUGAACAAAGGCAUGCAAAAGACACGCAAGAGCUUUAUAAUAGCUCACACAUAACAGCAAAACCCAUACUCGUAUAGUCAAAAAAGUUGAAGAAAAAAAAACGAUACAUACACAAAAAACAAAUUUGCGAAGAAAAUCGAAACAUACAGAAGAAACAACAACAAAAAAGCAUAUAUAUAUUAAAGUGGGAUAGAAAGUUUUUUGAAUCCGCUCGUAUAGGCAACCACAAACGUAUAUAAAACAUGCGUAGAAGAGACAAAGAAAACAGAAAUAAACCCAAAUAGAAAACAACAAUCGAAAAGAAAGCUAAUUAGCGAUCGGCGUAUAGUUUAGUGCAUUUAGUCAAAAGAAACGAUUAAUUUUACACAAUUCGAAAAAUUGGGUUAAGAGAUUGAUAAACAACAAGUAAACGGUGGAAAAAACGCAUCCUUAAAAUUCAACACAACACGCCUGCAAAAUAUCGAGCGGGAUGAAGUGAAAGUGUAAGAGGAGCAAGUGAACCAAACCAAAAGUAAUUUGCUGUUCGAUUAGGCGAAAGGUGCAAAAAAACAACAACAAAAAAACACACAUAAGAAAGCAAGAAGUAUUUUCGGUUAGGUUAACAAAAUUUUUAACACGUCCACGAUUGUAACGCGGAAAAAAACAUCGUUCAGUUAUAUUAGGGUACACUUUUGUGUUAUGAAAUACGAAACAAAACAAAAAAGAAAUAACAAACCUAAAACUAGUGAAAUCAAUUUGGGAUUCAAAGGAAUCAAUCCAAUUCCCAAAAGUGGCAGCACCAAGCGACGAUAUCAGCCAAUGAACGAACCGUGUUUUUCCCUUCGCCCCCACGUUGAUAAUAUAUAGAAGCAAGACUAAGUUAGGCAUUUAGUCAAAAACAGUGCGUAUGGGAACUGUGUAGUAUAGGUUGCAGCAGAAUAUUUGGGAAUUGAACCGUUUAGCAAGGUAUUACGAAUGGGGGUUGAGAGUGUCGCUACAAGAACAUACGUAGAUCAUGGAGCAUCGAGAUACGCCAGCAAAGCAGACCUCCGGAGGAUAUUGAUUAUGUGAAAAGAAACGAAGACUCCCCGUAGAAUAGGAAUGUUGUGAAGGAAAGGACUUUUGCAUUGCGUUUGCUUGCAAACCUAAAGUUAUUGAUUUGAUUUCUGUUCGCUUCGGUUCGCGACAUCAAUCAUUGUCAAAAGUAUUUUGUGUCACCUGUUUUGCUCUAGCGGCGUUUAGUAUCUGGAAGCGAGUGGGAAUUAAUGUAUUUUGCUUUGCAACACUUAUGCCACUCUAAAUAAGCGAAACGCGUGACAGAAGGAACGGUCCUUUUGUGGGAACAGAGGGCGUCCCCGACGGCCGGAAGUGAUAUUAUUUCUUGUUUAUUUUUAAUAUAAAACCAACAAUAUACUUUCUAGAAGGAUGGUAUUUUGAAUUUGGUUUCGAUCAACUCACAUUAAUCUGUUGUUAAUUUAAGAUACAAAAAAAUCUUCAUAUGCUGUAGGGAAAUCUUACGUUGAACAUGCUAUAUGUGUUAUACGACAGAAGUUGGAGUUGGAUAUAUCCUACCUUUAGUUUUCUAUCUAUCUUGAUAACUAUAUUUUACUAUUCUUACAUAUGUACAACCUUUUACUUUAAGCUCUAAGCAGUAAGCAGGAAGUACGUCCCGUAGUACGUGAUGUUUAGUAACCUAAUUUGUCUAAUACCCCUUUCAAUGCGCUCCGAACGGGGCAAGGUGCAGGUGAAGGUGAUAGGAAGCGUGGGAAUGUUUAACAGAAAAUAAUUUAUUUUACCAUCUACCGGUACGAUGAAAUGUAGAUGUUUUUUUUUUGCGAUACGGCAGAAGGUAACAGGUGACAGAGGAACCUGCAGUAAGUAUAGCGUAUGGGAAAUUGGGGAAUUUUUAGCAAUUCGAAAAGGGAAACGAUAUUUCUGCGUGUGAUAAGUGAUAGUGAUUUCACCAACCAAACAAACAAAACACAUACAGCACGGUGCAACAAAUGGUUAGAGAAGUGAACGUGAGAACUAAGGACGUGUCCAUCCGUUUUCUCCUUUAAUCUAUAUACAUCAAAUUUUUGUCGCUCGUGCGUUUAGGAUUUCUAGCAUUAUAGGAAACAACAACAACAAAAAAACAAACAAACACAUUGUAGGGCACCAGAAAUGGAUGAAAGCUGGAAGAUGGAAAUGAAGAAAAUAAAGAACCCAAAUUUUGAAACAAUGGGA